GCAGCACCAAAAUGUCAUAUAUCGAACGAGACAACGAAACGAAAAACGAGAAAAUUUGCAAGAUUUUUACAAGCUUUUUAUUUGAUAGGGAUCGAGAAUCGCUGAAAAAAUUAGAGAAGGAUUAAGCUACGAAAAAUUAAUCAUUUUAUAUAUUCGGCAUGUUUUAAAUGAAAGGCUUGUAUGAAAGUUAAUUAUAUCCAGAGCGGAAUGUUUUAGAAAAUAUAACCAAAUUAGGAGAAAAGUGACAAUUGGAGUAAGUUUUCGAUAGCCCACACGAAACGAGUAGAAAGCCAGGCAAAGAAUAGAAAAAAAGGUAAACGUGAACGGAGCCGCGAAAAUUCCAAAUUUGGGAAAAUCUUGAAAAGCGGUUUAGGCAACUGAUCUGAAGAAGCGCCAGAAUAGAAGAUUCGAAAUAAAAUUGUCGGUCAAGGUUUAACGCCGGCACCCCAAUUUGGUAUUAGGUCGCAAACGAGAGGUAGUUAAUUGUAGGUCCUUGACUUUUCUUAUCACCGCUGCAAUACAUACACACAAAGACACAUCCCAGAAUGGCCGGCAAAUCCAGACCGAAUUUGAAGUUCACGCUUCAUAAGGAACCCGAGCCGGAAAUUGUGCCCCCACGGAAUUUAGACUCAAGUACCACAAUUAAAAUUGGUGAUCGAACCUUCGAAAUUAAUGCUGACAGCUUAGAGAAAAUCGCAGAUUUGGGUCGUGGUGCAUAUGGCGUUGUAGAAAAAAUGCGACACGAACAGACUGGCACGGUUAUGGCUGUAAAACGUAUCACAGCAACUGUAAAUCGAAAAGAACAAAAACGCUUACUAAUGGAUUUAGAUAUUUCCAUGCGUUCGAGCGAUUGUCCCUACACAGUGCAUUUUUAUGGAGCACUCUUUCGAGAAGGUGACGUUUGGAUAUGUAUGGAAGUAAUGGAUACAAGCUUAGACAAAUUCUAUCCGAAGGUGUUCAAAAACAAUUUAACUAUGGAGGAAAGCGUUUUGGGAAAAAUUGCCAUGUCAGUCGUGAAUGCACUACACUACCUGCACGCACAACUUAAAGUUAUUCAUCGCGAUGUAAAGCCGUCAAAUAUUUUGAUCAAUCGCAGUGGUGAAGUGAAGAUGUGCGAUUUUGGUAUCUCUGGUUACUUGGUUGAUUCUGUUGCUAAAACGAUCGAUGCUGGCUGCAAACCAUACAUGGCACCCGAGCGUAUUGAUCCAACAGGCAAUCCUGCUCAAUAUGACAUACGUUCUGAUGUCUGGUCGCUGGGUAUCAGUAUGAUUGAAAUGGCAACUGGCCGGUUCCCUUAUAACUCCUGGAAAACGCCUUUUGAGCAGUUAAAACAGGUCGUGAAUGAGAGUCCACCACGUCUUGAACCUGGCAAAUUUUCAACCGAGUUCGAAGACUUCAUAAUUAAGUGUUUACAGAAAAACUAUACAGCGCGUCCCAAUUAUGAACAACUGCUUAAACACGAUUUUAUUGUUGAGCACAUAGAGCGUGAUACAGAUAUUUCGGAAUUUGUGUCGAGAAUAUUGGAUUUGCCGGAAUAAUCUGUUCGUGCGCGAGCAGUAUAUUUUCACUAAAGCUUCAAUGCAUCUAAAUUGUAAACUAAAAUAGUGGUUAAGUAAACGAUUAAACAAAAGCGAUUAAAUUUCCUUGAGGCCUUCACAGAAAUUUGGCGCAGUGAAUUGAUAACAAACAAAUAAAAAAAUAAAAUAAAAAUAUAAAAAGAAAAUAAAUGGAUUACAAUUUGAAGUAGAGCUAUGUAUUAUAAUAAUAUCUUCACACUAAGUGUACCAGAUGUUAAUAUGUAAGAGUCAAAUACUGCUUUAUAUUCAAAAACUGUUGCCUUAUUGAAAAAUGUUUAUGUUUUAUAUUAAAAAUCAUAAAAUUAUAGUAAAUGUAAUGAAAUGGUUGCUAGAAUCUAAAAUAAAUUACUAAAUAUUCACAAAUAAAAAAGGAAAAUAACGCAGCCAUAACUUUAAUAUGUUGGCAGAAGUUAAAGUGCCUAUUUAAAUUUUAAUACAGAAUUGUUAUCAUGCAGAAAUAGAAAACCUUUAAAUAUGUUAAAAAAAAAAUCUAAAAAAGGAAUCGAAAUAAAAAAUAAAGUACACGCAUA